CACCGGCCUGUUGGGGCUGACGGGCUCGUUCUCUGGAGACCCAGCGGGCUAACGGGGCACGGGUGGGGCAGGGCUGCGGGGUCCCUGCUUCCCGGCGGGGUUGUGACUGCCGGUGUCUUGCGGGGCACUCUCGCCGUGGCUGACUUGGCUAAACCACAACGAUGUCCGCCGUGUUUCCUUGAAGGCAGUCCCGUGGGCUUGCGUGGGUAUGAUCCCCCUUUCCCUUGCCCGCAGCGCGCACCAGCGGGGGAGGGACUUCCGGGUUUGCCCAUGGUCGGAAGUAGAAAUUAGCCUAAUGUGACAUUAACACAGGGGAGACUCGCUGCUUUAGGACUGCUGUUUACAAAACGGCUGUUGAGGAACGCUUUUUUCCUCUUCUAAUUUCUGUCAGUACUUGAGCGCUAAAGUAUCUAAGGAACUAACUUAACAGAUCGUCUCAAAGUCAGUGGAUGAAAAGUCUUAAUUACUUCUAGACCAUGCAGGUUCCUGUUCCGCACCCACCCCAAUGGUAUCAGAAUGUCUUCCCGACUUUUUACUGAUAGAAGAUAUUAGAAAACAAGACUAGUAUCUGUCAAAUGGGGCUCCCUCUCCAUUUCUCUCUACACACCUUUCCUUUGGGGGGAGAAGAAGAGGAGAAUAGCAUGAAAAGUGCAAAAUGUUUCAAAUUCCUGUUCAAAAUCUUGAUAAUAUCAGGAAGGCUCGAAAAAAGGUGAAGGGCAUUCUUGUGGAUCUUGGGCUUGACAGCUGCAGGGAAUUGUUGAAGAAUCUUAAAAGUUUUGACCCAGGUGAAAAACACUUUUGUAACACUUCAUGGAGUGAUGUCUCUCCUUGGGAGUCUGUGGGCAAAAGGAAGAGAUACAGAACAAAGCCGUACUGCUGUAGCUUAUGCAAGUUCUCAUCAAAAUUGCUUACUUCAUUCAAGAAUCAUUUGCACCGUUACCAUGAGGAUGAAAUGGACCAAGAGCUGGUGGUUCCUUGCCCAAACUGCGCAUUUGCUUCUGAUCCCAAAAUAGUGGGAAAACAUAUCCGGAUGUUUCAUUCAUCUAAUAAAAGAAUACAGAACUAUACAGUCAGCAUUUUGGAUGGCAUGAAACAAUUCAGGAGUGACAUCAUAAACUUUACCUGUCUAAAAUGUCACUUUACAGACACAUUGUAUUACAAUAUGAAGAAACAUGUGCUGAUGAACCAUUUUCAAAACUUAAUAAGUACAUAUUUUGGCCAGAAACCUGAUGAAAGUAAAGAGAAUGCUGUUGAGCACUACUGUAAAAAAUGUAAUGCUUCUGCAAACAGCCAGGAUUCUUUAAUGUAUCAUGUCUUGACAGCUGAAACACACCGAGACCUGGAGAACAAACUUCGGUCUGUGAUUUCAGAACAUAUUAAGAAACCAGGACUCGUGAAACAAAUGCAUAUUGCUCCAAAGCCUUCCCAAGGUGGGGCAGUGACUGCUCCAUCUGCAGGGCCUGCCACUGCCCCAGCAGGUUCAGUCACAGCUCCAGCUUGCAUCCAGCUUGCAUUUCCACAGAGUAAUCAAAACCAGAGUGUGGCACAGCCAAAAGCAGUUCAAAACACAGUCAGAUCACUGACUGUUCCAAGCGCCUCUGGUAGCCUUCCACAUACAUCUGCUCCGGUUGCUACCCCAUCACAUGUUACUCUUAUACCUAGUAAUGUUCCUGUAGGUCAGAAUAACAUUAAUAUUCAGCCAUCACCUUCCCAGCCUAUCAUUGUUUCCCAUGGGCUCCCCCUUAAUCAGCCUGUCAGGGCUGGAGCUAUUCCUCUUAAUCAUUCUGUUGGGACCAUAAAUAGAACCAUGGCCCCUGCAGUUCUUCCUCUUAAUCAACCUGUGAGGCCUGGGCUCCUUCCUAUUAAUCAACCCAUUGGUACUAUAAAUGGUCCAGUUGCAGCUGGAAUGCUCCCUGUUACUCAACCUGUCAGCCCUGUGAAUCGCCCAGUUGCACCGGGGGUUCUCUCUGUUAACCAGUCGCUUGGGAAUGUGAGUAGACCCAUUGGUCCCAGGGUCCUUCCUGUGGCGCAGACAGUUGCACCAGGGGUUCUCCAGCUUAAUCAGCCUGUUGCCUCUGGAGUUGUACCUGUCAGACAUCCUGUCAGACCUGGGUUUCUUCAGCUUAAUCAACCUGUUGCCCCAGCAGUUAUCCCAGUAAAUCAGCCAGUUCAACCUGCAGUUUCUCAAAAUGCAAGUUUUUUGACUGCGGGUUCUAUACUUAGGCAGUUGAUUCCAACUGGUAAGCAGGUUAAUGGGAUACCUACAUACACACUUGCCCCAGUUUCAGUUACUCUGCCUGUACCUCCCGGUGGUGGAGUAGCAACUGUUACGCCACCGCAAGUGCCCAUCCAGCUAAUGCAAUCUGGGGCGGUAACUCAGUUGUCCCAGUCGCCGGCUAGUGCACCCUCUCCUCCGGUGGUUUUAACAUCUCAGAAUAUAUCGCUGCAAGCCUCCCCGCCUGGUCCUGAAACAAGUCAGGCUAGCAGACAGGCUAAGCAGUGGAAGACUUGCCCUGUUUGCAAUGAGCUUUUCCCAUCAAAUGUCUACCAGGUGCACAUGGAGGUGGCCCACAAACAUGGUGAAGUAAAAAUGGAGGAAACCCCGGAACCUGACAAACUUGCAGCUUGUGCACCCUUUUUGAGGUGGAUGACAGAAAAAACGGUCCGAUGUUUCUCUUGCAAAUGUUUUCUCUGUGAGGAGGAGCUCAUGAAACAUCUCUUGAUGCAUGGCUUAGCUUGCUUGUUUUGCACAGUUACUUUCCAUGACUUAAAAAGCCUCGUGGAGCACAAUAAAACUACACACAAUGGGGAAAAGCAGUUACAUGCAGAUUAUAGCAACAGAGGAUUUCAACUAGGUAACGAUGCUCAGGGUGACCUUAUAUUUCCACACUUUGAUUUCAGUACAGUGUUACCGAAAGAAGACAUUGGUGAAAGAGAAGUACAUUUGGCAGUGCUUGCUGGACUAAAUUCAAGGACACUUGUCCCUGUUUACAUCAAAGUGAAACCUCAGACAGCAGAAAUGAACAAUAGAUGCAACAAAAAAGUGUUAACCUGUCCCUUUUGUUUUGGCACGUUUGCUAGUAAAGAAACCUAUGAAACGCAUUUGAAAGAGCGGCAUCAUAUAAUGCCAACUGUACAUACAAUUUUAAAGUCUCCUGCUUUCAAGUGCAUCCACUGUUGUGGUGUGUACACUGGAAAUAUGACUCUAACAGCUAUUGCUGUGCAUUUGCUCCGUUGUAGAAGUGCUCCCAAAGACAGUAACUCAAGCGUGAAGAUGCAGCUUGAGCGUACUGAGAAGAAAGAGCUAUUAUUUGUGAAUGGUGAAAAGCAUGAUUCUGCAAUACUGAAAAGAAAGCAAUUGGAUUCCUGCUUUGUUGGAGAAGACCAAAGGAAUAAGGAACAGCAGCCUCUGAGCUUAAGUACUGGCAUAGCUCUGUCUCCAGAAAAAGAAGUGAAUUCAGGGGUAGUGCCUUUCAAACGACAAAAGAUUAAUACUCGGACUGAGAUGAAGAAGCUUCCGUCUAGUGAGGAUCUUCGCAUUCUAGCAAUAGAUCCUAAGCAGUAUGAUCACAAUUCAUGUGAGGCUCAAAAACAGUUUUUGACAGACUACUUUCAUGAGAGGCCAUAUCCUUCUAAAAAAGAGAUGGAAUUACUUUCCUCGCUGCUAUAUGCGUGGAAAAUUGAUGUUGCAUCAUUCUUUGGAAAAAGGAGGAAUAUAUGCUUAAAGGCGAUAAAUAAUCACAAACCAUCUGUGCUUCUCGGUUUCAGUAUGUCUGAACUAAAAAAUAUUAAGCACAGUUUGAAUAUAAAAGAUGAACCAUUAGAUAUAUAAACAAGUUUUUUAUAAGAGCUAAAAGCAAUCCAUAAUUGCAUACUUACCGAUUUAGCAAUUUAUUGUAUUCUCGCUUUUAACUUGCAGACUGGCCUGUUGAAGGGUGCAGUAGUACAAAAAGUCUCGUUCAGUUGUGACUUAUUGUGAAAGGCACACGUAGUUGUGUAUUUGAAAAAGCUAAAACCUUCAGACUUACACAUCUGGAAUUUGUUUUAGCUUUUUACUUUUUCUGGAAUAGUGUUUUGUUUUUUUUUUUUUCUUUUUUUGUUCUGUUUCCCUUUCUUCCCCUCCAGGAUCCCAUUACACUUUUUAUACCACCAUGUAAAAUGUUUGUCCUGUUCAAUUUUAUUUUUCUGCAAUGUCAUCAUCUUUUCUAAACAAUAAAAUGUAUAAUGUUGGUUAAAAUACUGAGGUAAACUACGUAAAAACCAUCUAUUUGAUUAUUUGUGUGUUUAAGUCCUAAUUUUUUUAACCUAUUUUUGUUUUAUCUACUGAAGAACCAAGUGUAGCCUUUACAUUGAUUGCCCCUUCAAAUUCCCAGUGCACUGGUAGCAAUAAAAUACAUGGCAAUCUUUUCUUUUUCUCAGUCAAAAUACCUGUGCCAGUUAAGUCUGGUGACUUGUAGUAUCUAACUAGUAUUAACAUGGUGAGGAUUGAGGGGCUUGGGGUGCCUACUGAAAUGUUAUAAUUAACUGACUUGAAAUGGUUGUGUUAUUACCUGUUAAAUAGAUCUUGCUAACCAGAAGUGUUUACUAUUUCUGUUGGUGUUGAAGCCUAGGUGUUUAAAUACCUAUUGUUCAAAGCUUGGUAGCAGCAUUUGUUUUCUUUUUCAAAAAACAAAACUGCUUUGGAGAAUGUCAGAUUGCUUUGAUACAUGGAGUAUAUGACUUCUGCGCACAUCACUUAUCUGUAGAAGCCCUAUCCGAAUAUCACCUAAGUUUGGUGAAAAAUCUGAUUUUUAUUUUAUGGGGUAGUAGCUGAGCAGUGCCUCCUCCCCAGCAAAUUAGAUACGUGGCUUGAAGCUUUGAGUCAGAAAUUGUACAAACUGAAACUGGAUGAUUUGGUAGCAUCAAGACUUCAAACUGUUGAGUACCUCAACCAAUGAUACUCGUAGUGAUUGUUUUUAUUGUCCUACAGAGAGCAUAAGAAUAAUAUAAAACCCAAACAGAGUGUCUUGUUCAAUAUGAACUAGCAUCCCUAUUACAGAAAAGCUGUUGGGAAGGUUUGCUUGAGUUGAAGAAGCUGUAGUACUGGUGGCCACAUUGAGGCCUUGUUUAGCACUGUCCUUUCUUUCUGGACUAUGCUUGGUUUCAUCUGGCUUGUCAAACAAUGCCUCUAAUAUUCAUUAAUAGCCAGUCCUAUAAUAAAUAACCUAGAAUAUGCAUUAUUUUUUCUUCCUCGUCUUCACCCCCCUCUGCCCAUUCUUCUUUCCCAGAAGAAAAAAAAGAGCAGGCUGUUCUGUCAGUUCACUUGUGCCAGUGUUAGAAGGAGAGGGUGGCAUGCCCAAGCUGAUUUCUAUUUUUUUAAGUAGUAAACAUGCUCUUGCCGUGUGCAAUAGUUUGUAAAGCAGAUACAGAAUUGUUUUUUGUGCCGUUUCUAAAAGGGCAUGACAUUUUUAGCAGAAUUUGGUGACUGUCCACCUGAGAUUCUAUAAGCUGUUGAAAUUCUAUUUUGGAUACAAUUUUGAUAUUUUCAUAUUGAUAACUUCAAAGAAUUUUAACGUAUAUGUAACAGUUAACUAAAACUGAGAGAAUGUGCUAUUUGGAAAAAACGAGUCAUUUAAUAGCAGUGUAGAACAAACAUAAGCACCAUUUAUGGGAUUGUCUGCACGCCCCACCCCAAAGAAUGACAAUGAGUAAGAAGCAGUGUGUUCUUAUAGCCUAAUAAUAGCUUAUUAAAAAUAAAUAAAAAAUAUAUUUGGGCAUAGCACAGUUCAUGAACCAAUUUGAAGGGCUCUGAGUGAGGAAGAGGGAUGCUGUAUAGAAGUUCUGAAAUCCAGGCACUCAUUUUCACUCUUAAAACCUUGAUACUGUGAGCCCUGUCAUCUGUGUGGUAGUUUUGCUGGUAUCAGUGAAACUCCCGCAGGGAGGAAUUUGGCAGCGUGCAUCUGGGGAAGGUUUGCUGUGAAUGGUCAGAGAUUGAGACAACAGUGUGGCUUGAAGUGGGGAGCUGGGAAGUCAUUUCAGGGUUCAUCCAUGCUUGGGGCACCAAGGGAGCAGUCCAGUCUUACCCAGAGUUUUUCUACAUAGUGUCCAGUGGUGAUGUUAAGCAUUUUAUUUAUUGGACGUUGACUUCACAGUUUCAAAUAAACCAACUUUCUAACUUUC